UCUGGAAGUAGGGUAGUAUUUCAGCGUGUCACGCUGCGCAGAUUCUCUGAACUUUGUCUCAAGUGGGUGGGCUCAUUCCCCUCAUUUACACACGCUGCGUAAGCCGAUCCACUUAAGAAGAAGUUGGUAAAAUCUGGGCUAAAUCUGCGCAGCAUGACGCCGUCAAACACGACCUUGACUAUCCUCAAACUGCGCAGCAUCGACGUCUCCGGGAGGCUGCAAUCCGGGCAGUAUUUCUGCGCCUGAAUGAAUCCACACACCUGCCGACGAAAGGAGUAAUCCUACCAACUGCUCAUGCUUACUCAAACGGCGAAGUAGUAUUAUCUCGCUGCAUCAAUUCGCGCAACUGUGAGAUAACAAGCGGAUAAAUCAUUGGCUUUCUCGGAAUAUCGCGGUUGUGCCGUGCUUCGGUGAAAAUGGAGGGUUUUUUGCGGAGCUGUAGCGCUGUCUUUAAGAACGGCUCAGAGGACGGCUCCGGAGUGCACGUCGUCCUGGGAAACGAGGCCUGCGACGUUGACUCGAUGGUGUCCGCCCUCACCUUCGCGUACUUCCUGUUCAAAACGUCCGGCUCCGCGGGGAAGACUCCGGUCCCGGUUCUGAACAUCCCGCGGUCGGAAUUCCCGCUGCGGACGGACAACGCCUUCCUGCUGCGGGAGAGCGGGCUGGCCCAGGAGAGCCUGGUGUUCCGGGACGAGGUGGACCUGCUGGGCUUGCACCGCGCCGGCCGGUUGGCCCUCUCCCUCGUGGACCACAACGUCCUGCCGAGUGCUGACAGUGACCUGGAGGGGGCAGUAGUGGAAGUGAUUGACCACCAUCAUCUGGAGAGGUUGCCUUCCCCUUCUUGUCCGGUAACCGUAGAGACCGUGGGCUCAUGUGCCACCUUGGUAACCGAACGCAUCGCCCAGAAGGCACCGGAAAUUUUGGACCGACAGGUGGCACAGCUCUUAUACGGCACCAUCGUGUUAGACUGCGUGAACAUGGCGCCAGAGGCGGGAAAGGUGACGCCCAAGGACAGCCAGUACGCCUUCCUGCUGGAGUCGCGCUUCCCUGACCUGCCACCGAGGGGCGCCCUCUUCCAGUCUCUGCAGAGCGCCAAGUUCGACGUGUCAGGCCUGACAACAGAACAGAUGCUGUUGAAAGACAUGAAGGCAGCGUCUGGGGGAGACUUGAAGCUGGCCGUCAGUGUGGUCUACAUGACACUCGAUGCUUUUCUCCAGAGACGUGGCCUAAAGCAGGAGCUGUGUGAAUUCUGCCACAAACACCGCUUCAACUUGGUGGUCGCCAUGACCAUCUCAUUUAAUGAGAACAACGAGCCCUUCCGCCAGCUAGCGGUCUACAGCUCCAGCACCCUCUAUAGAGAGGAGGUCAGCCAAGCCCUGGAGAGGGCCCAGAAUCCCUGCCUAAACCUGUCCCCGAUGAGCAGCCCCUAUGCGGACGUCAAGGCCUACAUACAGGGCAACACGCUAGCCUCCCGCAAGAAGGUGCUGCCCAUCGUGAAGGACUUCCUGAGGGAGUGGGAGCGUAGAACCACCCGCUGCGGGGAUUUGGACGACCUGGACGAGCUGGAGGACCAGUUCGACCCGUCCCGCUCGCCGGGUGUGGACGACGACACCCGGCCCCGGCGCUACUCGGCGUCCCGGCAGCGCCGGCCGGGGGCGGUGGCGGCGGAGGACAGCGGACCGGACGAGGACGCCCAGGUACCCCCCACGCCCAUGAACAGCCUGGUGGAGGGCUGCCCGCUGGACAACGGCAUGCCGCGGAUCAGCGCCGAGGCCAUCCUGGAGAAGUUCAGCAAGAUGGCGGAGGCGGAGCCCGGGGAGGGGGGGGCAGCGGGGGAGCUCUAACCCUCCCCCCGCUGUUCCAGUCAUCGUCUUCUCUCUGCCCCCCCUCCCCAAAACUGUCCGUCGCAAUACCUCCCACACUCACCGGCCUCCCCAGUCUUCACUAGACCAGGUGCGCUCCAAACCACACUCACCUGCCGUUUCCUAACGGCACGCUGUCCCAGAGCGGGCUCUCGCACUGAGGAAAACCUGCUACCCGCUGCCCGCUUUAACCCUGUGGAUCGGGGUGUUCAGUUUGAGCGCAAAGGCAACCUGUUGCUAUUGAUUUGGUACACGUGGACACCCCGUCUCUGCCCCAGGAAUGAUUUUUCACACAUUCGGGUGUCUCUGUCAGACUGUCCCUGGUACACCUUGUUACACCUCUCGGAGUUGACCAGCCCCACCGGAAUUCUAGGACGCUGGGGAGUGGAGAGUGUGCUGGUGACCCAUGGGGCCAUAGGGAAGAAUGGCUGUUUCGUAAGGGAAGACAGACGGGGGUGGCAUUCUGUCAUUUUGGAAACCAGUUUGAGUCGUUUGAGGAUGUUCUAGUCACCUGUGCCCGAUCCACCUGGACAGUGGAUCCAAACCGUACGCUGUUGUACUGUGUCUCCUGUCCUGGUAGUCAGUCCUUACGCAGCCCUGAUACGAAAUGUGCCACUCGGAAUAAGAUCCUGCUGUUGUCUUUUCAUCCAGCCCGGAGUGAAGCCGCCUCUCUGGGACCGCCCCAGUUCACAGCGCUCUGUUCGGGAAAGGGCAGGAUAACAGAGUCUUUCUGUCUGAAGCCAGGCUGUCAGGGCAGGGAGAGGGAGAGGGGAAGAUGCCUCAUGCUCACCCAAGCAAUCCUGCUGUCUGCCCUGAGUCAGACCCCUCAAUGUGUCCUAACAGCACCCGGCAUCAUUUUGUUUGAGCUCUUGUUUCGCUGUGGCUCUGGGGGGUUUCUAUUUUUGAGCUCUCAGUGCGAGAAAGGGGGCACUGCCUGUCUUGUCUCGGGUUAUUUAGCCAAUCCACUCAUGAUGGCUUCCAACAUGCCUGGUUAAAGGGGCUCCCUUUCCCACAGUAGAGCGUCACACAGCGAUUGCUUUGCAGUUAGCGGCAGCGUCCCCGUUUGGACCAAGCAACUGAGGACGCUGCGGCAUUUUUACGGACAUUAACUGACCCCAGGUCUGUCUGUGUGCGUGGCUGUGGGAGUUUGUCCCACUCCACAGAUGUUUGAGCGAUUGGAUAUCCUGGUACUACAACCUGCUGCUGACACACUCUCCCCCCAUCCCAUGUUGCCAUGGUGACCGAGGCAGCUGUUCUGAUUCUGAUUCCGUUUCCCCGUAGACAGACUGUUCCGCUCCAGUACUCCUGUCCACGGAUGUGACUGAACUUUAGAUUUUAGAAUUUGGAUUCUGGUGGGUGCUAUUUUAAAACUACUCUGUGUCAUCAACAUGUGCUAAUAUGAAAAUGUAUGGCCUAAGUUUAAAGCAUGUUCUCUCAUUUAUGUCACAGUAUACUGCCUAUACUGUAGUAUACUGACCAUCACCACUGUUGGGGUAUUUUUACGUAUUGUAGUUUAUAUAUAUAAACGAUAGACACGGAUGUGCAGUGUGUAUAUAUGUUUACUAGUACAGGUCAGGGGACAGUGCAUAUUACAAUAUAAGCAGUGUAUUUUGACAUAAAUGUUUGUAUGGUCUGAAUUGAAUUUAGUCGCACUUUACAGCUCUGGAUGAAGGCGUACUGAUAUGAUAAAACUAUGGUAAUGUGGCAAGUACCUGAAUUUGUGGCUAUUCUUGUGGCACAAAAGUUCUUGUGGUCACAUGGUACGAAGUGGUGUCAGAGUUGUGAGGUGCUGCUUUUCUCUGUAGGGGAAAUAAGGUUAUAAUUUGCUGAAUUGGGCUUUUAAGUUGACUCCUUGUGAAAUGGUGUGAAACCCCAGGAUGGAGUUCUGCUGGGCUGGUAUUGGACACUUCUGAUUCGGGGGACUGUCCUUCUUGUGACAACUCACCUAUUCCCUCCCGGCAGACUCAUAUGCCUUUCCUUCCAAUGGGCGAUGUUGACCAUGUACAAUCAAAAAGUAUUUAAAAAAAGGUACAAUCGCAUUAUAUUACAAUCUGUGGUGUCCUCCACACCAUGCUGUUCUCAGUCCUCCCUGCAGUUCACCAGCUUUGUUGUCUGCUGAUUUGUACCCAACUGGGGUAAAAAAAAAAA